AUGGGAAGUUUAGGAAAUAUAUUCAUAGUGCUGGUGAACAUCAAGAACUGGGUCAAGAGAAGAACGAUUUCUACAGUGGAUCAAAUCCUUAUGGCUCUUGCCAUUUCUAGAUUUGCUUUUCUGUGCACACUAGUCACAAAUGUAUUGGUAUAUGUGCUGCUCCCAUUUCCAAUUAAAACUAAAAAUCUCAUUAAAAUAACUAGCAUACACUGGACAAUAACCAACCAUUUCAGCAUCUGGCUUGCUACAUGCCUCAGCAUCUUUUAUUUUCUCAAGAUAGCCAAUUUCUCAAACUUUGUUUUCCUAUACCUAAAAUGGAGAGUUAAAAAAGUGGUUUUAGUGAUGCUGCUAGGAUCUUUUCUCCCCUUGUUUUUAAACAUUUUUGUCAUAAACAGAUGUAUUGAUGUUUGGAUUGAUGGACACAAAGACAAUAUGUCCUACAGUGUUAUCUCCAGUAACUCUACUCAGUUUUCUAAUCUAUUAAUCACUAACACUAUAUUCACACUCAUCCCUUUCUCUGUUUCUCUGAUAACUUUCCUCCUGCUCAUCUUCUCACUAUGGAGACAUUUGAAGAACAUGCAUCACAAUGCUAAAGGUUCCAGAGAUGUCAGUUCCAAAGCCCACAUAAAGACCCUGCAAAGUGUGAUCAUCUUCCUAUUAUUAUAUGCUGCUUUCUUUCUGUCAAUUCUUUUACAAUUUUGGAAUGAUGACUUUCAGCAGAAAUAUCUAAUUAUUUUGUUUUUACGAGGUAUAGCCAUUGCUUUUCCCUCAGGCCACUCCUAUGUCUUAAUUCUAGGAAACACUCAUCUGAGACAGGCAUCCUUUCCUGUGCUCUGGUGGCUGAGGUGCAGACUCAAAGAUGUGGAAUGCUUGGGUCCCUAA